AUGGCAUUUGUGAGCCCAUCCGGACCACAGCAGGGGGAAAGAGCAGGACAGGUUGGGGAGCUGAGAUGGGGAGUGAUGAGCAGAUCUCCCCUGGAGCUGACGCCUCCACUCCUGAGACAUUUUCAGCCUUUAAGAGCAGUAAAGGAUGACGACAGGGAGAGGAACUAUUCAGGGGGGCAUCCCAUGACCCCCAAACCACUGCAGGGUGCUGCCUCGUCCCGGCGGGUGUGCAGGACCAUUUGUGGGGCACACGGAGCCCCUGCUGGGAGCUGGGCUGGGCAGCGGGUGCUGCUCUGCUUUGGCCCCACCAACCCGGGGGGCAGUUCCCCAUGGCUCAGAUAUCCCACAUCAGAUAACAACCUGCUGCAGAUAAAAGCGUGGCCACAGAGGCACAGUGAGGACAGAAGACAGCAGGUUGCAGGGAUGAAGGCAGAAACCUGCUUCCUGGUGUUGCUGGUGAUGCUCAUCCUGUUCCUGGAAUCUGUAUCUUCUUCCUAUGAUUUGCCUGAGAAGCUGCCGGAUGCGUUCCUGCUGGGCAGUGUGAAUGAGGCCAGGCAGCUCGUGCCUACGAGGACACACUCCCGUAGAAGUUGCUUUGUUCUCCCUCGCGGCAUAAAGAAGAACCUGGAGAACGAUGCCUUGAACCCCAUAGAGCUCCUGAGAUAUUUCAAGCAGCCCAGGGUGGGGACAGAUUACAUGGGAACCACCCUGACCCUCCUGAAGGAGAAGCUUGCUGUCGUGAAAGGGGACUUCAAUGUCACAGCUGACUCUCGAGCAAGUGAGAUGCUGGAGCUGGCGUGCAAGCACACGCUCUUUGUGCAGGAGCACAAGUGCCUGGCUGGAGAGCUGAAAAGAUCGAAUCCACACUGGAAUGGGGAGAAGCUCUAUAAGGAGGCGCGGAAGACUGUGGGUGCCAUGAUCCAGAUUAUAACCUACAGGGACAACCAGCCUCUUCUUCUGAGAAGAGAUUUACAGAGAUGGAUUCCUUCCUACGAGGGCUACAAGGACUGGGUGGAUCCUCACAUGUCCAAUGUCUUCACUCUGGCCUUUCGUUUUGCUCAUGCUUCAAUUCCCCUGUUUGUGGGCCGAUUAAACAAAACUUCUGAGCCCACAUGUCCCAGAUUGCAACUCAGCAAAACCUCUUUUGGUGUCUGGCAUGUUGUGAAAGGAGGUGGCAUCGACCCCUUCCUGUGGAACCUGAUGGCCAGUAGGGCCCAGCUGAUGACACAGACUCAGAUGAUGGUGGACAAGCUCUGGGAUCACCUCUCUGAGCAGGUUGAAAGGAUCGGGCUUGAUUUGGCUCUUAACAUGCAGUGUGGCAGAGAUCAUGGCCUCCCAGGCUAUGUCUCCUGGAGAAAAUUCUGUGGGCUCCCCCAGCCCUGUGAUGUGAAGUCACUUGGUCGAGCACUGAAGAAUGACCGUGUGGCAAAGAAGUUCAUGCAGCUGUAUGGGACACCAAGGAACAGUGACGUCUGGGUUGGGGCACUUGCAGAGCCCUUUGUGGAUGGAGGAAGGAUUGGGCCUCUCAUGGCUUGUCUCAUUGGCACGCAGUUCAGGAGCACACAUGAUGGGGACAGGUUUUGGUGGAAGAACAGAGGGGUUUUCACUUCCCAGCAACGCUCUUCACUGGCCCAAAUCUCCUUGUCACGAAUAAUAUGUGACAACAAAGUGUCAAGAAAUAUCUUCCGGGCCAACAGAUAUCCUGACUCCUUUGUGAACUGCAGCAGGAUCCCAAAGCUGGACCUCAGAGCCUGGAGGUCAAAGUGGAUGGAGGAAAGUACCGAGCAAGGCGUCAGCCUCAAAGAGCAGACAGUUCCUGCCUGCGAGCAAGUACAAAUCUCUGCAAUCAUUAACAGCGCAGACAAUCCCAGCUGAGCU